UCGCUGUCAAUCUCAUACCCCCUCCAUUCUCCCUCCUUUUAUCUCCUCUCUUAUACCUUUCCUAUCUCUCUCUCUCUCUCUCUCUCUCUCUCUCCCUUUAGUUUCAUUUCUCACUGUCAUCUAACUGACAGCUUUCUUCUCUUCAUAAUACACAUUCGAACACGCCCAUAUAAAUAUGAGGCUGCUACGUAUAGAUCCACUUCAAGGGAUCGUCUUGUGCUGUCUAUUCAUUAUCGUAGUCUGGUUCUUGCUCGAUGGCUGGGUAACCUGGGUUAAGACUCGUGAAUGGAUCUUCUAUCUCAACAACCGUGACUAUUUCACAACUGCACUUUGGAUCCUGCCCUCAGUCAUAGGCCACAUGGCCACCGUCUGGGGCCAUUAUUUCCGAUCAGAACGCGAGUUUCAACAUGGGAUCGCAAAGGUGACCACACCAGCAAAUAUGCAACAAAAGAUCUCGUUGUGGGAACACCAUAUCCUAUGGGGCUACACAGUCAAAUAUUGGUGUCUUGUCGGAACCAUUGUCCUCUUGAAACUCUCGUGGAUCCUCUCUACGAUCCCAACAGGGAUGAGAUACUUUGCUAAAUAUGGCUUUUUACAGGCAUUUGGCUUGAUCAUUGGCUUCAUCGGCGGGUAUGCUUCCCUCGCUAGCUGCUCCAUUAUUCUGUUCCUGAUCCUGCGUCGUUCGAUGCUUCAUUCCCUGGGGUUCACCUACUCGGAGCUCCUACCUCUUCAUCGAUGGCUUGGUGUGGUGGUUGUGGUCUGGUCUGUUCUCCACACGAUUGGGUAUUGCAUAUACUAUAUCGCAAACGGAACCUGGGAAGAGAACUUUAAUUUCUAUGAUACGGGACGUGCAACUAUGAAUCUCAUGGGCUUUGUUGCCUGGUUUGCGCUUCUAAUCCUUGCUGCUCUUUCGAUCCCUCAAGUCCGCCGUCGACUCUACACAGUCUUCAUGACAGUGCACCGUAUUAUAACGGUGAUCUUCUUGGUGGCUACCGUUGUACAUUAUCCAUACUAUAUGCUUUGGUACUACGUCUUACCCUCGGUCAUCCUGUUCUUUAUCGACCGCUUUGUUCCAAAGACGAUCCAAGCUAGGACCCUCUAUCCAGAGGCCUCAAUUGCUUUGAAUGCAGAUGCAGAUAUUAUUCGGAUGACUCUCCGAUCUCCUGAACCCAUGAAGCCCUAUUACCCCGGUGACUAUAUCUUAGUUCAGGUACCGGAGCUGGGGAUAUUGUAUCAUCCUUUCACAAUCGCCAGCUACUGGCCAGAAGAUCCACAGUCGAUCGUUUUAUUCAUCCGAACAUACAAUGAAACCAAGAAGAGUUGGACAGGGGCCAUGGCCAAACUUUGUGGAACCGAGGAUAAACGUAUUCGUAUCAAGGCAAAUGUCGAUGGUGUCUUUGGAGAUCGCCAGCAUGGUUACCUAAAGUCUGAAGUGCUCAUUGUCUUUGUUGCUGGUGCCGCUAUCACUACAUUCAUGGCUCUGAUCAAGGCUAUUGCUGCACAGAUCGCAUCCUCCAAAGAGCCCCUUCGAAUGCAGUUCUAUUUGAUUUGCACGUUCCGAACCCGUAGUGAACUUCAUGCCUAUGGCUCAUUUUUACAUCAGAUUACACGCGACCCUCGUUUCACCACUUGGUUACACGUAGAGGUCUAUGUCUCUCGUCCUGACAAGGCCAAGACAUUGAUGGGUGCACAUGCACAUGUGAUCAAGAAUGAUAUUCAAGUUCCUGGACAGUCCUUGACGAAGAAGCAACAAAAGAGGAAGCGUUUCCAGUCCUUGAGACGUACGGGUACAAUGCUCAAGCGUGCAUUAUCCGGGCGUACUGUUACUGAGGGGAUGCCCCCACCUAUUACUGUGAUUAGUGGCCUUAAUAAGGAGUCAAAGCCUGUGGAUCAGUCUGCUAAUGGAAAGGCCACUUCGUCUGCUUCUAAUGGUGAUGUUGCUACUGAUCAAAGCAAUGUAAGCCUUACAGAUGUAGAGAGCCACACCCACUCUGAAUCAACUGACAAACCCACGGCUGGCAACAACAACGAAAAUAAAAGGCAGUCAGAACGAUGUGACUCGUCCAGUGUCUCGUCUUCUACUCCAGUCUCCUUGGUUUGUAGUCCAGUCUCGACUAAAUUUGAUGAGUCUGCUAUCUCUGAGAAGAUGAGGAUUGAAGAGGACUUUCGAGCGAACGGCACAGCUUUCACUUCUUCGUCACCGACAUGUGCCAUGACUUAUGAUUCCAAGCGUCUGCCAACGUUCCAUGAUGCCCAGUCGAAUUCUGUAUCGACUCGUCUUGCUAAACUGGAUUUGCAUGUCACUGCGAUCAUGGUCUGUAUCCCGCUUGGGUUUUGGUUUAUCCUCCGUGCAAUCAAAUGGGAGGGGCCUGAGCAUUAUUGUAAUGUCCGAGCAAAGAUGACAGCGACCCAGUACAAGAUCUGUUAUGGUUUCUAUUCGGUUGCUCCCGUAUUUGGUCAUGCGGUCCUAGUUUCGAUCAUUGGUUAUUUUGCAGUUUGGUACGCUCGCAAGGUCUUGAUCAAGUCUUUGAAUGCCAGCAAUUUGAAGGAUAUCGAGACUGGGAAACACUUCGUAAAAAACCCCAAUACCAACGAAGCCUCAGCUUCAGCCUCAGCGGAUUUGCCAUACCCAAAAUUUGAACUUGAAGAUGAAGACUUGAGUGUGGAAGAUGGUAAUUGGGAUGAAGGUGAUGUCGUGUACUCUGUUGGAAGGAUGAAUGUGAAAGUAGUGAUUGAUAGGUUCAUGGAGAAGGGAGUAGGCCUUGCAGGCAAAGACCGGGGCUUGAUCACAGUCUUUGGGGGUGGACCUGAGGCAUUUGUAGAGCAUGUAGAACGCCAGAUCUUGAGAGCCAAGUGGGCAGUGGAUUUCCAUCGUGAGACAUGGGCACCUUAGAUCGGCUUCUCUCUCGCACCCUUUCUGUCCUC